AUGAGCUACGACUACGAACCCCCGCGCGCUCGUCGCUACGUGCGAGAGGAGCGUCGGGAGGAGAGGAUCGACCCUCGUUACGCAGACGAUGGUUAUCUGAAGGUCUACCAGUCUCGCGAGAUCAUUCCCAAGGCCCGAGAGAACAGCGAUCUCUCCAUCGAAGAAGUUCGUCGUGAUUUUCCUCCUCCGGGAUACAGAGACUCCCGUAGAACCCGUUCAGCAGAGCCGGGCUAUUACGAUGACUACCGAGGCUACGAUGACCGAGAUCGAUAUUAUGACCGCGACUAUAAUCGUCGAAGCAGAAAGGCCGGAAGUGUCCUCUAUGCCGAGGAGGAGAGGUCCCGUAGGCGUGUGCUCAACCAACAAGAAAAGAUCAUAGCCGCCGUUGCUGGUGCAGCUUUGGCUUUCGGUGGCAAGGAACUUUACGACAGAAAGGAAGCCAAGGAGCAUGGCGGCGAAAUCGAGCGUAACUACCUAAGCUCUGCAGCCUUGGGCGCUGCCGGAGCGCUCGCAGGCUACCAGGGUGCAGAGUACUACAGCAAGCGUAAGGAAAAGGAGGAAGACAAAGCCACCUAUGUCGUCCACCGCGGUCGUGACGGCAGGGUCACUGAGUACUACUCCGACGACGAGGGGGAGAGGGAGAAGAAGAGCAACAAGUCCUUCCUAGAGAACGCCCUGGCGGCUUCUGGCCUGGGAGUUGCGGUCAAGGCUCUCACGGGAGCAGGCGGUGGUGAUGACAGGCGCAGCGACACUCGCAGCCGACGAGGCAGCCCUGAUUCGAGAGGCUCUCGGUCCAAAUCUCGGGGGCCUGGCGGGGAGGCUGCCAGCAAGAUGCAGAAGGCGGCUAUGGCUUCCCUAAUUGCUGGUGCCACCGAGGCCUUCCGCGUUGCCAAGGAGCCUGGCGGCUGGAAGGGCGAGAAGACCAAACGCAUCAUCACUGCAGCUGCCGGUGCUGCCACCAUUGAUGCUGCUCAGGGCGGCGAGAAGCAAAGCAAACUGGGUCUGGCCGAGUCCGUCAUCGGUGGUUUGCUGGGAAACCGUGUCAUCAACGGAUCCAAGCGCAACAUCGAGGAAGACCGGAGCACCGGUCGAAGCCGAUCCCGGUCGCGCGCUCGUUCUGAUGGCGGAGGUGGCGGGCCGGGCUUGGCCGCUCUGGCUACGGCUGGACUUGGUGCUUUCAGCGCAAAGAAGGCAAUUGAAAAUGUUCGCUCUCGCAGCCGAGGCCGCAGUGCCGACUCUUAUGAUAGCCGAGCUUCCAGCCGCAGCCGCGACGGCCGACGCCAGCGGAGCAGGAGCCGUAGCGUUGUUGACUCGGCCCGGAAGAAGCUCGCCAAGAUCGGUCUUGGCAGUGACCCUGAGGAAAAGGAGAGGGAUAAGUAUGCCCGAGAUGACAGCUACUAUGACGACCGUAGCUCCCGCCGUGGCACAAGCCGACGAUAUUCUGAUGAAUAUGAUGACGGAUAUACCCGCGGUGGACGCGAUGCCGCCUACGAAGACGACAGGUCCUCGUACACGAGCCGACGUCGCGACCGUUCCCGUCGUAGAGGAGGAAAAUCGGAUGCGAGUUCGGACUCGGACCUUGGUGACUCGGACGACGACGCGAAACGUGCUAGGAAAAUGAGAGGUAAGCAAGUCAUUACAACAGGCCUCGCGGCCGUUGCCACCAUUCACGCAGCACAUGGAGUCUAUCAGAGUAUGGAGAAACGCAAUGCACGACAGAAGGCUGUGAGGGAAGGACGGCUUAGUCCAGAAGAAGCGAAGAAGCUCAAGACGAAGGCUAUUGUGCAAGACGCCGCGUCUGUUGGAAUCGCUGCCCUCGGCAUCAAGGGUGCUUGGUCUGAACUCAAGGAGGCCAAAGAGAUGACCCACGAAUGCAAGCAGUUCCAGCAAGAAAAGGCCCUUCGACAUCAGAAACGGCUCGAGAGGCAGAGGAGACUCAACAACGGCUACGACCGCAGAAGGGGCAGAGCGGAUGACUGGUACUCUUCUGAGUCUCCCCGAGAAGACCGAUACGAUUAUGGGUCGACAUAUUACGACGACAACCCGUACACUGCCGGCCGCUUGCCUGCACCUCCUGCUAGCUAUGACGACGGGAGGUAUAGAAGCUGA